ACCAAAUGACAUAUUUACUAAAGCAGCUGCUGAUGUUAAAAAAAUUACAAAUUUUUUUAAAGUUAGAAAUAAUGUUCAAGAUCUGGAAUCAGAAAUUACAGAAUCAGAUUUGAGUGAUUCAGAUGAUGAAAUAAAAUGCAAUACUUGUCAAAUUAAUGAAAGAAUUCA